AAACCAAAUAGUGUUAGCGUUAAAUUAACCGACUAAAAAUGGGGUAGAGUCUAAGCGGGUUAGAAAUAACCCUGUUUUCUUCUACAGCAGCAGCUUUCCUCUCAGUUGUGUAAGAACAGCAAAUGGAAAGCACCAAACCUUACAAAUUCCUUAAUCAGGCGAUCCACCGUUAGAUUCGAUUUGAUUCAACUGUCAGUACUAUCACUCAGUCGAGAAACUUUGGAAGAAAAGGAAAAAGGAAGAAGAAAAAAUGGAGCCAAAACUGAAAAUAAAAAUCGAGGAGACAGUGAGGGAAAUCUUGGAAGAAUCAGACAUGGAAACGACGACGGAAAAUCAGAUUCGGAAAAUAGCGUCACGAAAGCUCGAACUUGACCUCAAUAAAUCGGAAUACAAAGCGUUUGUGCGUCAUGUCGUCAAUAACUUUCUAGAAGAACAGAAUGCGAAAGAGGAACAAGGACAUAGCAAGGAGCCUGAGUUUGACGAUGACGGUGACCUCAUCGUUUGCAGAUUAUCAGAAAAGAGAAAAGUUACGAUUCAGAAUUUUAGAGGAACAACUUUGGUGUCAAUAAGAGAGUUUUAUAAAAAGGAUGGCAAAGAACUUCCUACUUCUAAAGGGAUUAGCUUGAAAGAGGAGCAAUGGUCGGCUUUAAAGAAGAACAUACCUGCCAUAGAGGAAGCCAUAAGGGAGAUGGAAGACAGGUUGUAAUGACAAGUGCAGGUUUUGUAAGGAAGUUAUUUGAGGAUUGGAAUGUACGAUUCAUAUUUAGCUUGAUAACAUCUUUUGAAACCUUGAUUUUGCUAAUGGUGAUGGUUAUAAAGUGACUUAACGCAGUUAAGCAAUGCAUACCUUUUAGGUUUUGCAAUUGCCUCCA